CUUACACGGAGAGAAAUAAAUUAAUAAAGAAAGACUUAACAGAGACUGUGAGCGAGCUUUUAAUUCCAAAAAAUUAUUUUGUACUGAGAAUUUUGAGUCAUUAGAGAGCGAAAUAAGCUGACUUUGCAAGCGGAGCUUCGCGGUUUAAAGGUCCCUGGUUUAGUACUAGUGUGUACCGCAUGGAGAGAAGAUUCUUUCGUUUACGAGUUUAUGGGUUUUAAGAUUCUGUUUUAGCUGAUGCCGCAUUGGUGUAAUUUUAACAGCACCUUGUGGUGGUGUGUUUUGUCCCUGUGAAGUUGAACUAAAUGGAGAGAAAUAUGGGAAAAGGUCCGAUCGAUCAACAGAAAAGCUAUGAGCAAGUUCAAUAUUCUAAUGUGGACACUGAAAAUGGGGUGGCAGGGUCUGGAAAUCAGAGCUUUUUUCAUGAUCCAUCAAGGAAUAUCAAUACUAACAGCCGACCUCCAGAUUAUCCAAUGUCGGUAAGAGCUAGACCUGUGUUGAAUUACUCCAUUCAGACGGGGGAGGAGUUCGCUCUUGAAUUCAUGCGGGAAAGGGUGAAUCCCAGGCAGCAUGUCUUUCCAAAUGCUUAUGUUGACCCAAGCACCCCAGCUGGCUACAUGGAUCUAAAGAACAUGCUGGGAAUUUCUCAUACAGGUUCUGAAAGUGGAUCCGAUAUAUCCAAGGUUAAUCCAGCUGAAAAAGAACGUAUCCAGGAGUUUGAGAAGAAGAGCGUUUCUGCCCUUGAUAAUAACAGUUGUCAGGAUACCAUGCGAGCGGUACCCCCAAGUUCAUCAAGGAAUGACAGUAAUCGAGGACUUCUUGGUUAUGCUUCUUCUUCAGCUUCUGAUAGUUCAUCAACGAAGGCGAAGUUCCUCUGCAGUUUUGGUGGGAAAAUUUUGCCCCGUCCUAGUGACGGAAAGCUCAGAUAUGUUGGAGGAGAAACACGUAUUAUCCGGCUAAGCAAGGAUAUUUCUUGGCAAGAUCUUUUGCAGAAAAUGUCAGCAAUUUACGUCCAAACUCAUACAAUAAAGUAUCAACUUCCUGGUGAGGAUCUUGAUGCAUUGGUUUCUGUGUCUUGUGAUGAGGAUCUGCAGAACAUGAUGGAGGAGUGUAAUGUACUGGAACAUGGAGGAUCACAUAAGCCUAGGAUGUUCCUAUUUUCUAGCAGUGAAUUAGAAGAUGCUCAGUUUGGUCUGGGAAGUGUGGAGGGGGAUUCUGAGAUUCAAUAUGUAGUUGCUGUUAAUGGAAUGGACUUAGGUUCAAGAAAAAACUCAAUUGCUGCCAGUGUUUCAGGAAACAAUUUGGACGAGUUACUCAAUCUAAGUGUUGAGAGGGAGACUGGCCAAGUUGCUAGUGAAUUAGCUAGUGCUGCCAUCACAUCAGCAGCCGUUGAUGUGCCUCCAGCAACAAAUCAAUCUUCUCAACAGGUGUUGGCAAAUUCAACCGGUUUAUGUGAAUCUAAUUUACACCAUCACCUGGGACAGAAUAUGCAUCAUGGAGAAGCUGGCCAGCAUCCGUUAUAUACUUUUCACCCUGUGGAGAGCUCCGCCCCGAUAGAUGGGAAUUCUAUGACCACUUCACCUGCUAUUCCACAGCAAUAUGGUUACGGUUCUCGCCCUACAAACUAUGCAGUUUCUGGAGAGAAUAUAUCGUCAAUGCCUCUCUAUGAACAUCUGACUCAACAAGGAGAUGUGAUUGGAGGGUCAAAAUAUACUGGUUUUCAUUUACAGCAAUCAAACAUUUCUACAAAAGAGUCAAAGUUGAGGAGAGAUGGUUCGGCCCAGAAAAUAAAUGAAGCUGAGAAAAUUCAGUCCUUGGAAAAAGAAGUUCCUCUGAUGGAGUUAAAAAUGAAAAGAGAUGGCUCUCAGCCGAAGAUUAAUGAAACUGUAACAUCAGAAGGUGAGAACAUUGCUUCUUCAAAUCCAGGUGAUGCUUCUGUUCUAAACAAUAUUUCUAGGGAAGACACGUCAGUCUCCAAUUUGGGCCCAGACAUAGAAUCGCCUUUUUUAAGUAACAAAAACAAUAAAAGGCAUCAGGAACUUGCACAAAAUGCGGUGCUCCAUGAAGAUGUAAAUGAAGGGAGGAAAAAUAAUGAUAUUGACACUUUUUACUCAUCUAGUGCUGCAUGUGCUCCUGUUUAUGGAGGCUCUGACACUGAUCCAGUUGACAGCCAUGUUGAACCAUCUGUGGUUCCUCAAAGGGUUUUUCAUUCUGAGCGAAUUCCUCGGGAGCAGGCAGAGUUGAAUCGAUUGUCAAAAUCUGAUGAUUCCUUUGGUUCUCAGUUUUUGAUAACUCAAGCACUUUCAGAUUACUCUCAACCAGACACAGAGUCAGUUGAUCAGUUUCGGGAUGGGAAUGUGGCUUCUUAUUCUGAGCAGUCUAUCACCUCUGCAAAACCAGCACAUGCAAAUCUUCAGACCGUUGAAGAAGGUUUGGCACAAUUCAAAAGGUAUAAAGAGUUUGCUGAUAAUAUGAGUAAAACAAAGUCCGAUGUUUCUGAUGUGCUUGAGGCAACCUUACAGAAACCUGAAUCAAGAUAUGUAAUUCCUAAUGGAGAUGGUCCUGAAAUGGCCAUAAGCAAAAACACUAACACCAGUUGCUCUAGCAAUGAUAAGGAAUUAGCUGGGUUCAAUCAUCCUACACAAAUGCAAGGAACCCCAAAUAAGCACGUGGAGGAUGCUAUGUUAAAAAGACCGGAAUUUGAAUCAAGUGAGAUAACUUCCAGCAAGCACACCAGGAACAACGCCAAGGGGCAUGCACAACCUUUGGUGCUGGCAGAGAAUCCAAUUAGAGCUGUUCCUCAAGGUGAGUCUGCUGUUAAUGUUGGCACUCCAGAACAGGGAGACAUACUUAUUGAUAUUAAUGAUCGAUUUCCUAGUGAUUUUCUGUCUGAUAUAUUCUCAAAAGCAAAACUGUCUGAAAACCUUUCCGGCAUCAGUCCGUUGCAUGCUGAUGGUACUGGCCUGAGCUUGAACAUGGAAAAUCAUGAACCUAAGCGUUGGUCAUACUUUCGAAAGUUGGCUCAAGAUGAAUUUGUUAGAAAAGAUGUUUCUCUUAUGGACCAGGACCAUCUGGGUUUCUCAUCUCCAGUUACGAAUAUAGAAGGACUUAACAUAGACUACAGCUAUCCCCCUGUAACAUCUGAGGGAGGUGCCUUUUCCCAUGUUGACUCGCAUGUCAAUUUUGGUGAGAACAUUCGGCCAGAAUUAUCUGGUAUUGGUGGACUGACCACGAUUGAUUACAAUCAAUCUCAACCCAAGGGCAGUGAAAGCGUGCAAUUGGAUGGCGUGAACCCUAGAAUACCAGAAUCAGAAUAUGAGGAUGGGAGGUUGCAUAUUGAGAAUACUACUGCACCUAUUAUUGAUCUUCCUCUCGGAGAGUUUGACAUUAGUACAUUGCAGAUUAUAGAGAACGAAGAUCUGGAAGAGUUGCGGGAGUUAGGUUCUGGCACGUUUGGAACUGUUUAUCAUGGAAAAUGGAGGGGUACUGAUGUUGCCAUAAAGCGAAUAAAAAAGAGCUGCUUUACUGGUCGUACAUCUGAGCAGGAAAGAUUGACAGUGGAGUUCUGGCGUGAAGCUGGAAUUCUUUCUAAGCUUCAUCAUCCCAAUGUGGUGGCUUUCUAUGGAGUGGUGCAAGAUGGUCCCGGAGGAACUCUAGCUACUGUAACGGAGUUCAUGGUGAAUGGCUCUCUUAGACGCGUCCUACUAAGCAAGGAGAGAUAUCUUGAUCGUCGAAAGCGACUUAUAAUUGCCAUGGAUGCGGCUUUUGGAAUGGAAUAUUUGCAUUCGAAGAACAUAGUGCAUUUUGAUUUGAAAUGUGACAACUUGCUCGUCAACUUGAAAGAUUCUUUGCGUCCUAUUUGCAAGGUGGGCGAUUUUGGUUUGUCAAAAAUUAAAAGAAACACUUUGGUUACUGGUGGUGUCAGGGGAACUCUUCCAUGGAUGGCCCCGGAGCUAUUGAAUGGCGGCAGCAGUAUGGUUUCUGAAAAGGUGGAUGUGUUCUCUUUUGGCAUUGUUCUGUGGGAGAUUCUCACUGGCGAGGAGCCUUAUUCCAAUAUGCACUAUGGAGCGAUUAUAGGAGGCAUAGUCAAUAAUACUUUAAGGCCACUCGUGCCCAGUUUCUGUGAUCCUGAAUGGAAAUUGCUAAUGGAACAGUGUUGGGCUCCUGAUCCCAUAGCUCGUCCGUCAUUUACAGAGAUCGCAAGACGCUUACGCACAAUGUCUGCUGCAUGCCAAACUAAGCCACAGGGCCAGCACCCACCUAACCAGCCACCCAAGUAAUGUGUAUAGGAUUAUUUCCUUCUUAUUCCCCUCUUGGCUUAUCACAAAUUAUGAUGAUUAGUUAUUUCUAUAUACUUAAUUAAGGUGGUGUACUGUAUGGGUUAGGGGGAAAGAGUUCUCAGGAGAGUAAGAUAUUCUUGUGUUCUGUGCAGCAUUUGACAAAGAAAAUUGGUCUCUAUGUAAAGCUAUCAUUUGUGCAACUCUGUUUAUAGUAAAUAUAAGGUUUGCGUUUUGGUCC